CCCUCGGCAUACAACAAGGCCGAUGAGGUCAUUAGCUAUUAGCAUUAGCACUCUGCCCACUGCAGCGGCUCUAGACUAAACUUGGGAUUCCCUGUACUUUACAUCAUCGCCGUCUACAUCUUAAUCUUCACCAAUUGCAUCGUCUACCGUGUCCAAUUGAUCGAAACAAUGUCGUUACAUCUUGACCUGGCGAAUAUCUCGCCCUCCGAGACCAUUCUUAAGCUUCCGUAUCCGUACUAUAGCGAGUACACGCUGCACAGCGUUGCCAGCUCCUCGCCAGCGCUUUACCAGCUUCAAUUGCGCUCCGGAUCAACCGUCCAAAGCCUGCCGUUUGAUCUUCACUCUGCUGGCCUGCGCUUCUCGGCCCCGACAGACCCCAAGUCCAUCGAACUCCCGCCCAGCUCCAACAAUGGUCCUUGGGGCCGCGCCAGACGUUCGCCGGUCAGCAUCAUUGCUUGGGACGACAAUGCCGUUCCUAGCAUUGCCAACAUGUGGCUUCUCAUGUACACGCUCUACACCGUGAGAUCGACCAUGGAGACCGUCCGCCUCGAGCUCCAAGGCAAAGACGCACAACUCGUCGCCCAGCAGCUCCAGGACGUCUCUCUCGCCAUUGCACACCCUCAAGCUUCGCGCAACGACCCUAUCCCAGCCGCCAAUCCAACCGCCGUGUCCAUCAUCGGCCUCCGCAGCACCUUCUGGCAAGGCGCCGGCGCACCCUUUGGCCCACGACCAAUCUGGUGCCCCGAGAACUCGCCCGCCUCUCUGCCCAAGUCGACACCCCUCUCAUCUUUCCCGCCCAUGCCCACUUACCAGACUCUCUCAAUUGCGUCUGCCGGCGACCCUCAGGAGCCCGAGCGUGUACAACAAUCGCGCCACCUUCUUCGCGCAGCCAAGCCAGCUCCCGGAUCCGUCUUCUAUAGCCGCUGGAUCCCACAUCUCAAGGAAGUCUUGUCCAUGGUUGUCCUAGACUACCGCAACGAAGAGCACGUCCAGCUCUUCCACACAUGGCAAAAUGACCCGCGCGUCUCAGAGGGCUGGAACCAGUCGGGCACUGUCGAGGAGCACACCGCAUACCUGCGCAAGCUAGACGAGGACCCUCACCAGUUUGCCAUCCUCGCCAAGUUUGACGAGACCUUCUUUGCGUACUUUGAGUUCUACUGGGCCAAGGAGGACGCCCUGGGCAGCUACUACGACGCUGGCGACUGGGACCGCGGCCGCCAUGCUCUCGUCGGCGACGUCCGCUUCCGUGGGCCUCACCGUGUAUCUGCGUGGUGGAGUUCGACAAUUCACUACCUGUUUAUCGACGACCCUCGUACGCUAGCUGUCGUGGGCGAGCCGAGAAACGGCAACUCGACAUGUAUCAUGUACGACCUGAUGCAUGGAUUUGGCGUCAACCACUUUGUCGACCUCCCUCAUAAGCGCAGUGCCCUGGAUAUGUGCCACCGCGAGCGAUUCUUCCAGAUCUGCCCGCUGGGAGAUAACCAGAAGCUUGUCGGCGGCAUACCGCUCGGCCUCAUGCCUAAGCUCUAAGGGAUUGCUUACCACGCCCUCGUGAAACUAAAAUAAAAAGGAAACGAAAUUAUAGUAUGAAAGGCGCCGUUUAAGUAGCAGCAAUAUCUAGUCAUCAUUCUUUCUUAUACAAAAUUGAAAAGUUCAUCUAUCGCAGCAGAAACCAAA